ACGGGGUUCAAAGGACGCCUGGGUCCCUCCCAUUGCCCCAGAUGCCGGAGUCCCGUGUGGGUGUGGGAGUGGCGGUGACGUAGGUGCCAUCAGUGUUGGGGCACGUAACCAAGGGACACAAGAAGGAUGUCCUCUCCACCACUGGCCCCGGCGGUGGCCUCGGCCACGGCGGCCGCGGGGCAGACGCUGCAGGCGCUGGUGAGGCUGGCGGAGGCGUUGGGGACGCCGGGGACGGUGACGGCGGCGCUGGCGGAGGCGAAGGCGGCGCUGGCCGAGGCGGAGGUGGCGGUGGCAAGGCUGGAGGCGGCGCUGAGGGCGGCGAUGGGGAAGGCGGCGGCGAUGGAGGUGCCGACGCCGGGGCUCGACGCCGAAGAUCUUUACCGCAAGCUGGGGGUGUUCGCCCGCACCAGCGGCGCCGAGCUGGAGCAGGAGCUGAGGCGGAACCGCCGGCGCCGGUGGUGGCUCUGCGUGGCCCGGAACGUCGCCCUGGCGCUGCUGCUCGUCUGCACCCCGUUGUUGUCCCUGGACGCGGUGCGGGAGGUGCUGGGGGUGACACAGGAGAGCCAGCUCGUCCCCUGCCUGGCCACCGUCACCCUCAUCUGCCAGGCGGCCCUGUGGGGCGCGGGGACAUCCAAGCGUCACUUGGCCGCUGCCGUCAGGCGCUACCGUCAACAAGAGCUGCGCUACAACCGCCUGGCCCGGGCCAGCGCCGCUGCCACCGCUGCCACCGCCGAGGCCACCGAGGCCAUUGCUGCGGCCAACGUCACCCUGGGGAUGCUGGAGGAGGUGGCCGGUCAGCUGAGGACCCUGGUGGACGCCGUCACCGAGGAUCUGGAGAUGGCCCGUGGCUUCCCCGCCAGCGCCCGGGCCCUGGGGGACGCGGUGGUGGCCUUGGGGACAGUGAUGGGGGACAAGGAGGGGACGCAGAAGUUGGAGCGGGUGCUGGAGGCUCUGCCGGGGGACGAGUAGGGACGGGGAGACUGGGAGUGUCCUCCUCGUCGUGGGGGACACCCCGAUGUCCCCUGUCCCACCUGGGGAUACGUGGGGGUUCCUCCUCAUCCUGGGGACACCCCGAUGUCCCCUGUCCCACCUGGGGACACCCGGAGGUUCCUCCUCAUCCUGGGGACACCCCGAUGUCCCCUCUCCAUCCUGUGGACACGCUGAUGUCCCCUGACCCAUUUGGGGACACCUGGAAGUUCCUCCUUGUUCUGGGGUCACCAGGAUGUCCCCUUUCCCAGCUGUCCCCUUCAUAAUCUGAGGUCACCAGGGACAGGGAGGUGACACCAUCCCCUGUCCCCCCCAAUAAACCUCAGGGACAGGCUGA